GGCGGUGAGGCAGCGUGGCGGUGGUGGCGGUGGUGCGGGAGCGGCGUGGAGGUCGUGGCGUGGCGCGGCAGUGUGCGUGGUGCCAGUGUGGGUGCCGGGAGAGGCGGGCAGCGCUGCGUCACUCUCCUCCUCGAAGGGUAAGUGGCGUGGUUCUACUCCCCUGCCACCACAGUCCCUCCCUCCUUCCCCCACCCCUCCUCUCUUCCUCCUUCCCUUAGCAGCAGGCCGCACCCCCCCUCCCCCCCCACACAAGAAGUUCAGCCCUCGCUCCGUGCAUGCUGAGGCUUCAGUUACUCCUUGCAGCUGCAGCGUCGAAAUCAUUUCCAUUCAUAGAAGUCUUGCGCGACGCCAUUGUCGGUGUCACUCUUUCUGUUACCGCCAUUGUAUCUUAGGUCCUGCUGUCAUCGUGGGCCCCGCAGCGUUCCCUUUCUUUUCCCAUCCUACAUUCCCGAGCCACGCCACACCACGCCACACCACGCCACACCACGUCCACCCACACCACGACACGCCCAUAACCAACGUCUCUCCCUGUCAAACCCAGCUCCAGGCAACCCUCAGGCGCCCCCAACAAGACAUGAAUCCAAGUCGUCUGCCAACGCUCACCUCGUCCGUUCCUUUGCCAGCCAACUCCAUCCCCUCCUUCAGGCGUUCUAUAUUUUACAGGAGAAAGAAGAACCCCACGAUAGCUCUGCCUUUAGAAACUCCCGUAUAAAAACUGGGAGGGAGCGUUAAAAAUGACGUAAAAUGUGGAUGACUCUUAAAUUCGCGUGACUAAGUAUAUCGCCUCCCCCAAAAACAGAGGACAAGUCAGUGAAAGGCAAAAAAAUCACAGGGCUCUCAGGCACAAUCGAGUCAUAUUUUCCAAGCCACAUCAAGAGCUCGAGGACAGAAGAGAAGAAAGAGAAAGAGGAGGAGGAGAAGGAGGAGGAGGAGGGAGAAGGUGGAGGAGGAGGGGAACGAGGAGGAAAGAGACACCAACACAAGGCGCGCUGAUGAGAGUGGGCGGGAAGAGGAGGACAAGACGAGGCCAGAGGAGAUCCAAGUGGCUAUGACUCCCUCUGUCCCGCCUCUAUAGAAGGGGAGACUAAACCGCCAGCGGGAAGAAGAGGAGGAGGAAAAGGAGAAGGGAGAAGGAGGGAGAAAAGGGAGAGCUGGAGAUGCAUUCAAACCCGACUCCAAAAGAAAGGGAGAGAAUAAGACCAAAAAUCUGACUUUAGGUGAACCAGCAGCUAUGAGAGGCACCGUACCAGGUCAGCUUUUCUGGUGAAGAGAGCGAGGCCGUGAGGCAUGAAGGAGAGGGUGAAGGGGGAGGAAAGGAGGGAGGGAGAAGAAGAAGAGGAGGGGACUGGGAGAUGGAGAAGGAGAUGGCCCAAAAUUGUGGAGGAGUCAGAGCGUGUGUGAAGGAGUUAGUCCAAGCGGGUGGAAGGUGGAUGAAGUGUGUGGCUGGGAAGGAUUUUGUGUGGAGUGAGGGUGUGCGGGAGUGUGUGUGGUGGGAGUGAAUGUGAGGGUGUUGUGUGCACGUACACGUAGGUGAGUGUAAUGUGUAUGCGAGUAGGAGUAUGUGUGUGCGUGUUCGUUCAAAUGUGCGCGAAAAGAAAGUUAAGUAAAAAGAAUGUAUAAGUGUGAAGCAGCUCGGACUAGUGAGGGGAAAAGAAGAAAAACAAUGCACAAGGAAACAAGAAAGACACCAUAAAACAGUGAAAAUAGAAAUAAAACGGAGUAAAAACUUAAGCUCGUGAAAAAAGUGCAAUACAAGUUAAAAAAGAGACAAAGAAAGGCGACAUCCCUAACACUUUACGAAUGUUGCCCACACCGAUGCAACACAAGGCUCUGGGUGGAAGGAAGAACAGCUGGACGGACGAACAGCCGAAGAACUCAAACUUAAUGACUCCAAUUUAAAAAAAAAGUGAAACAGUGAUGAAAGUUGAAAAAUAAAGAAAAAAAACACUAUACGUUCCCAAUAAAGAAUAAAAGUAACGUUAAAAAAUAAAAGACUAGGAGCGCUGAGCAAGACCGCCCAACGAACCGCUAUUAAGAGGACGAGAAAUAACAAUAAUAGCGAAGAAAAAACGAAAAAGAAGACGUAACAGCAGUGCAUUAUGAAGCUGAACUACGGCCACUACAGCCACAACCACAACCGCCACCACCACCACCACAACCACCAACACAACCACGAGGCGGGCGCAGAUGGCGGGUUGUGCCGCGGGCGUGGGAGCUGCGGGCCCGCCUGGUGCUCGCGGGAGACGUGGCAGGCGGCCGUGCAGCUGGUCUUGCUGUGCCUGGCCUCCUGCUCCUGGACGCUGCUGCUCAUCUCCCUCACCCUCACUUCCCCGACGUCCUCCCACAGGCACGUGGAGGAGGCGGUGGAUGAUUCCGGACCUCAGUGGAAGGGCGGCAGUCCUGGUGCCUGCGAGGAGUGCCUGUCCCGACAUGGUCCUCCGGGGAACUACUGGCGGGUGUUCCAGGGACCCCUGCGGCAGGUAGUGGCCGCCCUGAACCGUCUGGACCAGCCCCUGGCGCCCCCCGCCCUACGCGCCCACCUGCUGGGUACCCGAACACUGCUGCGGCACCUGGCCUCCGUCCUGCAUCUGCCACUCUUCGAUUCCACCGAUGAUGACGAUGACACCAAGCAGACCGAGGCGUCCUUGUUGGCUGCGCCAGGGCAGCCCAACGGACGGUUGGCCUGCCAGGAAAGGUUCCUCGGUUCCAAGGUGGGCUACCCGCGCUAUGUGCAGGGCUUCACACGCGUCCCCUGCUCCGCCGCACCCUUGAGGGAGGUGGUGACGGCGGUGCUCUGGGACGUGGAGACGAAAUACCUUAAAAUCCUCCUUUCAAACUUUGAGCGCAUCUACCCCGGCCUGCCGCUGUUGCUCAUCACGGACGCUGAUGUACAAAGUAAAGACAACCUCGUGAUCGAAACGCCCACGCCCUCAGUGACACAGGCUCUUGCUAAGGCGCUGGGGCGAGUAAAGACGCCGUACGUAUUUCUUGCCUCCAACUUGACUCAACUCAGCCACCACUCGCGGCUGGAGAGGCUGGUGUGGGUGGCGGAGUGGGUGGGCGUGUGGGCGGUGGGGGGCUCCAUCAGGGGUGCAGACGGGCGGUGGAGGGCGGGAUGCCUGCAGGUAAGGGACGCUCAUGGUCAGCUUGCGUACGUUCGAGGUUACGACGCCUCGGUACAUGAAUGCCAGCUCUGCCAGGCCCUCGAGGGCCCGCUGGUCAUGCGGACCGCGGCACUGGCAUCCCUUAGCUGGCCCGAGAAUGUUACAGCCGACCACCUGCUCUUCCCGGAGAUGUUCCUGGAGAUCCACGCCAAGGCGGCGCCCCACCAGCACGGCGCCGCGGUAUGUCCAGACGCCAUGUUUCUGCAGGCAGCUCUGGAACCUUCAUGGCAGGAGGCCGCCGACCCACGCCAGCAGAAACGUGAGCUAAGAAGAGUUGCAGAUCUGUGGAGACCCCUUGCCAGGCAACGGCACCUGGUCCACCUCCACCUGCCCUCUGGGGUCGUAAUUAACUAUCCAUGUGACUUCCGACCAAGUCAUCGCCUCGAUCCCUCCUCGCGUUCCCAAGAGACACUCAUUGACCCCGCCUUGAUGCCCGCCUGGACGUGCGAGAGUCAGGAGCUAACAACAAUCCUCUCUACCCUUCUUCAGGCGUGUGAUGCUCUUCGGGUCAAAUGCUUCCUAAGAAAGCCAACCCCACCAAUUACAGAUAUGGAUGAAGAGUAUGAUAUCUUAGAAUAUGAAGACAGCGGGGUACACGUCGGCGCGGCUGCUGCCUCCCUGCCGCCACGCCUGUCCUCCUUAGCAAACUUCUCAAACUACACCACAUCGCUUGAGGGCGCGUCGGUGAGCGUCCAGGGCCAGUGGUGGCGGGUCACCCUCACCCCCACGCCGGUGGCUGACUCCACGCGCUGGGUCAGGAAGGAGGUGCUGGGCGGGGUGUGGGCGUGGGCGACUCAGCCGGAGACCGAGGAGCGGCGGGCAGGACCAGGGGGUCUCCUGCCUCAACUACGCGUCAGGGAGACAGCCUGGGAGGAGGAUGUGACGAUACUGACUUCCCCGAGGUGUGGUGAACGCCGCAUCGCACACCUCUCCGUCAGCACGCCAUAGCCAAGGCCCCACCCCGAAGGUCACGACUUGGCCUGCAGUGCCCUUAGCCUGCCUCAGAAACCCUGGACCUCAACAGCAGCCUCAGCUAUCUGCUAAUGGACUGCUUGCAACGUUAUGAGGCCCACAACAGCCUUCGUCAGCCCCCUCACCUUCAUCAACUGUCUGCCUUUAGAUGACUUUAGCUUAGGGUCCCUCACACACUUAUCUUCCGUAAUAUCACUAUCAAGGAGUGCAUGUAAAGCUAUAGAUAUUCAUACACCACCUCCACUCACUCCAAAGGCUGUAUUCUGUGAACGACUGGCUUUAGCUUAAGGUCCUUUACAUACAGAAACCUUCCCGUUGCAUCCCUAUAUAAGCUAAUACACAUACACUAUCGUUCUUCUUCCAAAGGUUCUCCUAGAGAUAAAGAAGCAUGCGGCUAAGACCUUAGAAUUAAACAUUCCAUUAAGCAUGCCCCUUUUCUCUCUCCAUUGACUCUCCAUCAAACUUCACUCACUCCAUCAAUACUAGUGGAAUGCAACAUCAGUUUCCUCUUUUCCUCCUCCUUUUCCCACACCCCUUCAACUCACAUCCCCUCACCAAGUUCCCAUCAUAUCCCACGCCCUGCCUUCUAUUCAUACUCCCGUAUCAGGACACCUCUUCUCCCGAAAUUGACCUCUCUUUCGGCCACCUCUUUUGAUUCUUGUUAUAGGAGCAGCGAGUAGCGGGCAUUUUUAUUAUUAUUGUUUCCUUUUUUUGUGUGCCCUUGAGCUGUCUCCUUUGUUGUAAAAAAAAUAUAAAAAUUCGCACCUCCUUCCAAUUCAUGCACUCUCCCCUAUGCACCUUCUACAGCGGACAUUUUUUUUCAAGCCCAAUAUUUACGCUCUCCUACAAGUUUAGCCUUUUUUCUACACUUUUCAUUUCUCCCUCUCAUCCAUCUUCACCUCGUUCUAUCAUCAUCAUCCUCAUUCUUUCAUUCACUUCCUCACGGUCAGUCACGCACGCCAUCUCUCUUAGUUACUUCUUCCUCGCCCUCGUCGCCAAGUUUAGCCAUAAGGUUGUUGAAAUCUUAUAAUACGGUAGGGAAAGAUUAUCCGAUGGCUUUAAUCUCUCUCUCUCUCUCUCUCUCUCUCUCUCUCUCUCUCUCUCUCUCUCUCUCUCUCUCUCUCUCUCUCUCUCUCUCUCUCAUCGGUAGCCAAGGUUCUUAAGGUUUUAAUAUUUAUAAGGAAUUAAUGCAACGACCCCUUUUCCAUGCCCCUCACACACACACACACACACACACACACACACACACACACACACACACACAAGCAUACAUAAAUAACACAGAAUCAUACAAUAUCCCCUACAACCCUUUAUCUGUAUGUGUGUGUGUGUGUGUGUGUGUGUUGACUAAGUGGAGGGGAAGGAUGGGGUCUCUAUAAG